GCCCUCCGGCCCCGCCCCGCCCGGAGCCCAGCCGCGCCGAGCCGCGGGCAGCGUGCGGAGCGGCACUGCCGCCGCCGGAAUAAUAUGCUUGGAAGUACUUGGUAGUGUAGAUCACCUCUACCCAGCACAGAGCUCCAGCUUAAUUUUCAAGCAUUCUCUCAGAACAUGGGGGAAAACGAUGAUGAAAAAUACAGUCAAGCUGGCCAGAUAUUUGAAAACUUUGUACAAGCAUCAACAUGCAAAGGUACCAUUCAGGCCUUCAAUAUUCUUAUUCGCCAACUUGAAUUAGAUCCUUUGGACAAUAGAAACUUUUACACCAAACUGAAGUCAAGAGUGACCACAUGGAAGGCCAAAGCUUUGUGGAACAAGCUUGAUAAAAGAGCAAGUCACAAAGAGUAUAAGCGCGGCAAAUCUUGUAUGAACACUAAGUGUUUAAUUGUUGGAGGUGGCCCAUGUGGCUUGCGGACUGCCAUAGAACUUGCCUUCCUGGGAGCCAAAGUUGUUGUUGUGGAAAAGCGGGAUACUUUUUCAAGAAACAAUGUGUUGCAUCUCUGGCCAUUUACAAUCCACGACCUCCGGGGACUGGGAGCAAAGAAAUUUUAUGGAAAAUUCUGUGCAGGAUCUAUUGACCACAUCAGUAUUCGACAACUUCAGCUUAUCCUCGUCAAAGUUGCACUCAUACUGGGAGUUGAAAUCCAUGUCAAUCUAGAAUUUGUGAAAGUCCUGGAACCUCCUGAAGAUCAAGAAAACCAAAAGAUAGGUUGGAGGGCUGAAUUUCUUCCCAUGGAUCACCCUUUGUCAGAGUAUGAAUUUGAUGUUAUUAUUGGUGCAGAUGGCCGAAGGAACACAUUAGAAGGUUUCAGGAGGAAAGAGUUUCGUGGAAAGCUGGCUAUAGCUAUCACUGCCAAUUUUAUAAACAGAAAUACGACUGCAGAGGCCAAGGUAGAAGAAAUCAGUGGUGUUGCAUUCAUCUUCAAUCAGAAGUUCUUCCAGGACCUUAAAGAGGAAACGGGAAUUGAUCUAGAGAAUAUUGUUUACUAUAAAGAUAGUACUCAUUAUUUUGUGAUGACAGCAAAAAAACAGAGUCUUCUGGACAAAGGAGUGAUUAUUAAUGACUAUAUUGAUACUGAGUUGCUCCUCUGUGGGGAAAACGUGAACCAGAGCAAUUUGCUGUCCUAUGCCAGAGAAGCUGCUGACUUUGCAACAAAUUACCAGCUGCCUUCCUUGGAUUUUGCAAUUAACCACUACGGGCAACCAGAUGUAGCAAUGUUUGAUUUUACUUCCAUGUAUGCAUCUGAAAAUGCUGCACUUGUCAGAGAGAGGCACAGACACCAGCUUCUGGUGGCACUUGUGGGAGAUAGUUUGCUUGAGCCCUUCUGGCCAAUGGGUACUGGCUGUGCAAGGGGGUUCCUGGCUGCUUUUGAUACUGCAUGGAUGGUGCGGAGCUGGGCUCAAGGAAAGCCCCCAUUAGAAAUCCUUGCUGAGCGAGAAAGCAUUUAUCGACUCUUGCCUCAGACUACCCCUGAAAAUAUUAACAAGAACUUUGAGCAGUAUACCAUUGACCCGGGAACAAGAUACCCUAACUUGAACUCAAGCUGUGUCCGACCUCACCAGGUGAGACAGUUAUAUGUUACCAAUGAGUUACAACAAUGUCCUCUUGAAAGAGUAAGCUCCAUUAGAAGAUCAGUGAAUCUCUCAAGACAGGAGUCAGAUGUUCGACCUAACAAGCUUUUGACCUGGUGUCAGAAACAGACAGAAGGUUACCGCAAUGUUAAUGUCACAGACCUGACAACCUCCUGGAAAAGUGGCCUUGCCUUGUGUGCAAUUAUCCAUCGCUUCAGACCUGACCUCAUCGACUUUGAUGCUCUGAACGAAGAGGAUGUUGUCAAAAACAACCAACUGGCAUUUGAUAUUGCUGAGAAGGAGUUUGGGAUCCCCCCUAUGACCACAGGGAAGGAGGUGGGGUCAGCUGGGGAGCCUGACAAGCUCAGCAUGGUCAUGUACCUUUCCAAGUUUUAUGAACUGUUCAGGGGCACACCUCUGCAGGCAGUAGAUGCUGGUGACAAGCAAAAUGGAGAAAAUAAUGAUCUUUAUUCAGAAAAAUCAUCUAACUUCAUCUUUAAUAAUUACAUCAAUUUAACUUUACCGAGAAAGCGAGUACCCAAGGUGGAAGGGAAAACAGAAGAAAAGGAGACUAACAAAAGGCGUCGAAAAGGUCUCUUUGGUCUCUUUGAGGAGGCUUCAGGCUUUUCAAGCCAAGGGACAAAUUCUGGGAAAGAACAGGGUGAUGGUAGAGAAGGAAUGAACCAGAAUAAAGUUAAAUCAAUGGCAACUCAACUCUUGGCAAAGUUUGAAGAGAAUUCCACAAAUACAAGUUUUCGGAGGCAGGAGCUAAUAGAUAGACCAUCCCUGCUCUCUUCUGGCCCUCCUGCUAAUCCUCGCUUUGCUAAGCCUAAGGAUUCAAGUCUUCUUCCACCUCAACCAAAAAGGCAGUUUCAGGUGGUAGCUAGGAGUGAACACGAGGUCAGGGAACCCAGACUAUCUUUAAAUGGGUCUGAUCAUAUGGCCAGGAGAGCAAAGACUGUACAAAAAACAGAUACCCAGACCAGUCUGUCAGAAACCUCUGAAAAUCUCGCCUCUGCCUGUUCUGCUGCAUUUGUACUUUCUGGAGUGCUUGAGCGUCUUCAGCACCUGGAGGAAAAAAUGAAACAGAGAAGAGCUCAGACCAUAGCAAAUAGGGAAUUCCAUAAAAAGAACAUUAAAGAGAAAGCAGCACAUCUUGCCUCAAUGUUUGGAUACAUGGAGUUUCCAAAGAAUAAGCUACCUACUAAAGGCUUAUCCCAUUCUCAGCCCCCAACUCCCACUUGCCCUCAGCCUCAUGAUUCAGCUGGUGCCUCUUCUGCAUCAUCUGUUGGUUCAGCUUCCCCUGCUGUUCCUUCUAGACAGAUGACUGUAGGAAAGGUCUCACGUGCAAUUGGAGCUGUGGCUGAAGUUCUUGUCAAUCUGUAUGUGAAUGAUCACAGACCCAAGCCACAGCUUCCCCCCCUUGAACUGGGAUCUCUGCGAAAAGAAUUUCCUCCGUCUAUUGGAGGGAGUGACAUUUGUUAUUUCUGCAAAAAACGGGUGUAUGUUAUGGAGCGGCUGAGCGCAGAAGGCCACUUCUUUCACAGGGAAUGCUUCAAGUGUGAAAAAUGUUCUACAACACUCCGUUUAGGAAUUUAUGCCUUUGAUGUUGAAGAAGGUAAAUUUUAUUGUAAAGCCCAUUUUAAGCAGUGCAAAAUCAGCAGUAAACACAGAAAGAGAAGAGCAACAUUACAGCUUCAGGGAAAGGAGGCCACAGAAGCAUGGAAGAAAGAGGAACACACAGAGACCACCACAGAAAGCACCUUGUCUACUGCUAGCAGUCCAGAGGACAGGUCCCCAGACUGCUGCCUGCCUGUGGCUGACGAGCCCACCUCCCCAAAGAAGGCAAAGAGCAUCCCUGACCGCUGUGACCUGGAGAGCUGGUUUUCACCCCCUUCCCCUGAGUGGGCCAUUGUGAGGGUCAUCCCUGAGGAGGAGAUGACUGAGCACAACCUUCUUGCUAUCCGAGUCAUGGUCACCAGUGAUGCAAGCAGCUCUGAAGUGGAGUCUGAUUUUAAUGGUGACUCAUCAGACUCUGAGGUGAGUGAAGAUCAGAUCUUGCUGCUGGAGCCCCCAGCCUGCCCGAAGCCCAUCCAGAGGCAGGCAUCACUUUCCAGCAGCCCUGUGGUGCUGGAGGAAAAACCCAAAACAUCCAAAGUUGCUGAUGCACUGCAGAGAGCCAACAGUUUUCAGUCCACAGCAUUAAAUAAAUAUCAGAACUGGAGGAGAAAACUCCAAGCAAGUUUCCCUCUACUAUCCAGCAAGAAACCUGGGCUACCCUGGAAGGACAGCUCAGCCAGCUGUCAAAGUGUUCCUGGAGAAGAUAACUCUCAAACACAGUCAGCUUCUUACAAGAAAUCACCAGAAGUUACCAGAGGACAUUUUAAAUCCCAUAGCCCAGUAUUUCAACGAAAAGAGAAAGACAGAGAGAUGUCUGAAGGGAACCAUCUCUUUGUUCCCCAUUUUCCUUUUCAGAGCAGCACCACAGGUUCUUCACAAACCCCUACUGGAAACGUGACACCAGCUUCUGGUUGUUUGGAGCCUGAAGAUGUAGAUGGUGACAUUAUCGCAGCCCAGGGCUGCAAGGAAAAAAACCAGAAAUAUACCUCUGAACCAGAUGAUUUUACCAAGAGGACAAAAGUACUGUCAUCUCUGGGUUUGAAAGAAAAAGAUGACAAAAAUAGGACAGGUCUUUGUAGUCAACAGCGACCUUUGUUGUGUGAUUCAAAUGGGACCAACUUAGGUGGAACCAGUCCAGAGUAUCAAAACAAAGGAGUAAUGGAGAUGUCAGAAGAGAAGAAGGAGAAGGACUGGAGGAAAGAUGCCUUCAAAAUAUCUGGUUGUCCUGUGCCCCUCUCAUGUGCAGAUGGUGAUCCACCAACUCUGGCAGCUGACAGAAGAGAUGCUCUGAGAAGUCCAGAUGCCAGAGAGCAUGUGCCUGGCCAGACAAAAUCACCCAUGAGGCUCAUAGCCAGUGUGAUCAAGAGGUCCAUUUUGGAACCUCUAACCUCAUCUCCAGAAGGACUAAAGCAGGAUGCAGACAGAAAAGUCAAAGACUCUUCAGAACAAAGUUCCUUCAGUUUUCCCAGUACUCCAUGCUAUUACCUAGGCCAAAGGAACAGUAACAAUAACAGAGCAAAUAGCACUCAGCCACAGGUGCUCAAAGCAGAGGAGUGGGAAGGAGUGUAUUUAGGAAAUGUCUCAGAUCCAUCUUGUGCUUCUGUCUGCUCUGAAGACAACUCUUCAGGGGAUUACAGUGAGGAAGUAUCCUUCCCAGUCUACAGUUCCCACAGCAAGCCUUCCAAGACAACCAAGCUACCUCAGAAAUCAUCUUGCACUAGGACGGAGGAUGUCCCAGGACUCCUUGAAAAGUUUGCCUUGAAAGAGACUCCUCCAGGGGCUCCUAUGGAUGACAUAUUUAUCUGUAACAAAAAGUACCUCCUUUCAUCUCCAGGGCCUAAGAGCACCUCCAAGGACAAUCUGGAUGACUCUGAACAGAAGAGUAGUCUUGGAUCAGUCUUUGGUAGACUGAGAAGUAAAGUUAGUGACCAAGAAGGGAAAUCCUUCAUGUCAUCUCUGCCUUUCAUGAAAGACCAUUCUUCAGAAGACAGACUACAUUAUCCUUCCACAGAAUGUGAACAGCUACCUGUCAGAAAACCAGCUACUGAGUAUUCUACUUCUUCCUCUGAUGAUGAAUUUAAAUCCAAGCCUUCAUUAACACACAAGGCAAAAAGUACUCUCAGAAGGAGAAGGAAGCUGGAGAAGGAGACAAAGCAAUUGAUUAAACAAGAGGAGCUGAAGAGGCUUCACAAAGCACAGGCAGUCCAGCGACAGCUGGAGGAAUUGGAGGAAAGACAAAGAGCUCUGGAGAUUUUUGGUGUUAAACUGGAGAGAGAGCUAAGAGGAGAAUCAGAUUCAGGCACAAAAGAUGAAACUCAGAUGCUACAUGAAUGGUUCGAGCUGGUCCUGGAGAAGAAUAAAUUAAUGCGUUAUGAAUCUGAGCUCCUGAUUAUAGCUCAGGAGCUAGAAUUGGAAGACCACCAAAGCAGGCUGGAACAAAAGCUGAGAGAGAAAAUGGCCAUUGAUGACAGCCUUAAAGAUGAGACGGAGCUGAAUGAGGAGGAUGAAAUUUUUGCUGAGAUGAUGAAAGUGGUUGAACAAAGGGACAAACUCGUGUCUACAUUAGAAGAGCAGAGAGUGAAAGAAAAAGAAGAAGACGAGCAUUUUGAAAGCGUUAUAUUAUCUAGAGGCUAUCGGCUGAGCAGGACUUGAACAGCCACAUGCUAAUAAACAUGAUUCCAGCAAUAUUCCUAAACAUGGAGGUACAGUCUUCUGAAAAUUGAGGGAAUUCAAAUUUAAAAUCAGUUUAUUUGGGAAACACAGAAUUUUGUUACCAAUAACUC